CGCAGACUCAUGGCACAGAGUCACGAAGACGAGUGGGAGGCCCACCGCGAGGAGCUCAAACAUCUGUGGCUGGACCGAAAUUGGACUACCAAACAAGUUCAAGAAUACAUGUCCCAAAGCUACGGCUUCUACAGAAGUGAAAGCCAGUUUGCUCGUCAAUUCAAUAAAUGGGAAUACAAGAAAAAGGUAACCAGAGAAGACUGGCAGUUCGUCUCAUCUCGCCGGGAAAAACGAAAGCGAGAUGGGAAAGACCCGGGGUGGGUUUGGAUGCGUGGAAAGCGCGUCCCUGACCCCAAAGUCAGAAAAGAAAUAUCUCGCCAUGUUCCAUUAUCUUCAAAAUAUUCGGGGAUAGAGACGUCUGAUCCCAAGACACCAGAAGGAAUUCAUGUGUGCACACCUGGAGCACAACCUCCUGAUAUUGACACUGAACCCGACAGUCAAGCAAAUCUCCUUUUGAAUGACUGGUCGCAUCCCCCGAGCCUUGACUUUUCGAACUGGGUAAUCCCAGAAGCGUUGCAGCUCAGUAGUGCGGCCUCUCCACCGCCGAUCAUGCUGUCGGAUCCGAGUUCCUUAGAUUUUAUCUUGCAGAGGAACAGAGAGCCUACUACAGAUCCGUUCAAUCAUACUGGCAAUAUACUUGAAUGUGAUAUGCCUGUUUCUGUUCCUUUUCUUACAUCAGAAAGCGCAGAUUGGGGGGUUCAACCCCAGGACUGCAUAGCAAUCACCGAGAACGAGAGCAUGGCCGAGGGGACUCGAAUGAUUCUCUCGCAACAGUUUAAAUCGUUUGAUGGUUCAGACGGGCCAAGUUUCUUUUCGAAACUAGAGCCUAUAACAGCUGAAAACUUCAACCUCGGAUGUGCAGGAAAAGCCACAGCUUCGGUCCAAUCCCCCAUGCGAGAUAAAUUGUUCGACUAUCUCAGUUACUGCAUCUACCUGUCAUCGAAUAAUCAUCUUAGCGACUAUUCAACUGCUAAGUUGGUAUCCCUUAUUGCAAAAUACCGUGCCUUUCCUCUGCUGAGAACAAUUUUGCAAUCAAACGACACCGCAGUUGAGAUCUUCAUGGGAAAUCUUCUGAGAAGCGCAGCAGGAUUAGGAGAAGUUGAGAUUUGCGACAUUUUGAUCCAAGCUGGGGCGGAUCUCGAUUGCUUGACUGGAGAUACCGUGCCAACAACAGCUCUUCACCGAGCUCUUGAAAAUGCCCAGAAUGAAUGUGUGACGUUGUUGCUGGCAGCAGGUGCAGAUCCAAACCUGACCGUUGACAAACGGUCCCCACUUCAGGUUGCAUGUUCCGAUCGAUAUCCGAGCCCACUUGAACGAGUGAGGCUUUUGUGCAGCUUCGGAGCUGCUGUGAACCCGCCAUUCAAGUCCUCUCGUCUUUCCCCCCUGCAGUUGGCGAUCCGAGCAGAGGAUACUGAAUUAGCUCGGUAUCUCUUGAAAGAGGGGGCCGAUCCUGAUUUCUUUGCCAAUCCGAAGAGUGGGACACCCCUUCAACUUGCAAGCGCGUUUUCUGAAAAUUCAGGCAUGGCAGAGCUUCUACUUGAAGAAGGUGCAAAUAUCAAUUCACGCUCGGGUUACCAAAAGGGUAACGCACAUGCUGUUGGCACCGAGGAUAGCGAGAUGGAUUCGGAUUCGGAUUCAGAAUCUGAUUUGGAUUUUUAUUACUCUGGCAAUGACGAGGGUGCAAUAUAUCUGGCUGAAAGACUCUCGUUCUCUUUCAUGCCCCCUAUCCUUAUCGCAGCCAUUAGAGAGAACUGGGAGGUUGUUCAGUUUCUGUUGGAUGAAGGAGCCAAGGUAAAUCCUAGCUGGAGAACAUGCAAUACAGAAUUGUUGGAGGAUGAAAUGUCAUCUUACACGAUCCCGGUCUUUACACCGCUACAGGCAGCUGUCCUCGCAAAGAACAUCACCAUGACUCGCAUGAUUUUAACACACGGUGCUCAUAUUGAUGCAAGACCGAAAGGAAAUCAGGGUCACACGGCGCUUCAAAUAGCUGUGAUGGUCAUGAGCGAAAGACUUGUUGAACUGCUCUUGGCAAAAGGGGCAGAGGUUAAUGCUCCUGCAGGCAUACUGUACGGAAAGACUGCCCUACAGGCUGCAGCAGAACAUUCUGACACCAAGAUCCUGAGGAUUUUACUGGAAAAUGGGGCUCAUGUCAAUGCUCUUCCAUCUGAGAGGAAUGGAAAGACAGCUUUGCAGUUUGCAAUAGCAGCUGGAAAUAUUGAGGGAGUAGAAAUUCUCUUGGAUUCUCAGGCAGCUGUGAACACCGACCCAUUUGUCACGGGUGGUGUAACCGCUCUCAAAGAAGCUGCUCGUCUCCAAGACCCAGCAGUUAAGAAAGAAAUACUUCAUCUUUUGAUGCGUGCAGGGGUAGAUACCGAAGUACUCACAAACCAAAGUCGCAAUACUCCUUUACAUUCCUUUGUCGAGUGCGGAGACCUUGAAACGACAAGAAAAUUUCUUGAAAAGGGUGUAAGCCCUAAUCCGGGAUACUCUGCCGAAUCAUAUCUCACGCCUCUUCAAGAAGCUUCAGCACUGGGCCAAGAAAGUCUCGUGGAGCUAUUGAUAAAGCAUGGAGCUGAUAUCAAUGCCCCCGCUGGUCCAUAUAAGGGGCGCACUGCCCUACAGGCGGCAGCUGAGAAGAAUAGGCAGUCGGUGGUGGAUCUCCUCUUGAAAUCUGGAGCAGAUAUCAAGUCCGAAGCUUCCUCUUACAGGGGGCUUUCAGCUAUUGAAGCGGCAGUCUUUCUGACCAAAAAGCAAGACAUCGAGUCUUAG